AUGGCUGCUAUCAUAGAUGGUCAGGAGAGGCCAGCACCUGGACACCUGGCAGCAGGACAGGAGAAACAUGACUUGUUCGCAGGCAAAUACCACAUCCGGAAGUACGAGGACAGAGACUAUGACAUGAUGCGCACCUUCUACAUUCAAGGGAUCAAGGAACACAUUCCUCGGGCAUUGUGGCACUUUCUCGGGCGUCCUCAGACACACCUGGGCCUUCUGGCUGUCUUCCUCAUGACUUACCUGAGCUCGGCGUCCUACAUCAUCUCCCUGGUGGUGGUGUCCAUCCUCCUGGUGGUCGGCGUGCUUUCCAUGAAGAACAUCUAUGAAGACUAUCUCCAAAACGCCCUUACUACGGACCUGCUGGACAUCCAGGGGACCUACCUGGAGACAGAGGACUGCGGCUUCUGGGUGGUGGACAUUGGAGAGGAAGUGGUAGGCAUGGUGGCCCUCACCCAUCCUGACAACCCAUCUUGGUGGAGCAACGCCCGGGAGCUGAAGCGGAUGUCCGUGAAGAAGGAGCAUCGUGGCCAAGGGCUAUCCAAGGCUCUAAUCAAGACGGUCAUCCGGUUUUCUCAGGAGCGUGGCUAUGAAGAAGUCGUGUUGGGUACCUCCAUGGUGCAACACAUCGCUCAUAGGUCCUACGAGAACAUGGGCUUUCACAAAGUCCUGGAGGAAAAUCCCUCUUUCAUAGCUAAGCUGGUAGGUUUUUCUGCGCAUUGGUAUUAUUACAAAAUCCCCGACACUCACUGA